AUGGCGUCGAAGCGUAAGACGGGCGAGAAUAGCCCAUCAGCGCGAGUUAGUCGCCGUGCGGCCACCCGAAAGCAUGAGGAGACGCAGUCAGCAGACAAAGUCAGUGCCAGCUCGAGCAACAAGCGGAAGCAGCCUGACAGCAACAACAACACCGAGUUGAAUGUCGAGGCUCCAGCAAAGAAGAUCAAGAUUACUCAGACCGCCACGUCUGCAACCACACCAGCUACCUCACCUCUCACACCGGCAGUCCUCCCAACCGCAGCCCCCACCACCAAGCCCAUCCGGCGCCUCGUCCCCCAAGGCCCCCGCCGCACCGCGACCGUCGGCGUAAAAGACGAGUCUCUCCUCCGCAUGGUAUGCCACUGCGCCAACACCAACACGACCAACGAACUGCACUUCCGCAAGAUCCCCGCCUCAGCCAUCCGCUGGACAUCGCCGCACCACAUCCGCAAGAUCAACGCGUGGCGCAACCAAAUCUACGGCCGCGCCGGCAUAAAAGCACGCUCCGUGAACCAGUGGCACGAGUACGAGGAACUCUGGCUCGAACUCUAUUUCCAGCUCUCCAUUGCCGAGGCGCUCAAGCGUCCCACCGUCGUGCCUAAUACGGCGCUGAUCCGCCGCGCUUUCAACGACAUGUUUGUCGGCCGCGUGCUGUAUGCGCACGACGGGGUUGCGUUGGCGCCGCGCGAAGAGCGGCGCGGCAAUGCCUUUUCGUCUAAAUUCGGGCGCGUGUGUCAUCGGCUGCGGGCGCGGCUUGCGGCUUGUGUGCUGGGCAAAUCCGGAGACGUGUAUAUGCCGCGGAUUACCAUGGACAUGGUGCACGAGUACAAGGGCAUGAAGAUGUUGUUGGAGGAUAUGGGGAUUUAUGCCGAGUCCGAGUAUGCUGAGGGCUUGGAGGCGUGGAGGGGUUUUUUGGCUAGUUUACCCGUGGGUGAUGAGGAGGAGGAGGAGGAGGAGGUUGGGGAUGAAGAAGAGACGGUUAUUGAUGACGAAGCGACGAUUUCGGCGGUUGACGAGGAUGAUUAUUAUGAUGGGUUGUGGAGGGGGAGUCAGUGUGACAUGGAUGACGAGGACAAGGACAUGGCGCUUCAAAAGAAAGAGGAAGAUGCCGUUGUGGCACUGUGGCGGCUUUCGCGUGCUGCCGUGGUAUAUAAUGGUUUUGUCGAGUUUGUUCCUGGUACGCCGUCGUCUUUGACCCUUGCAAACUUGUUGCUGUACCCAUCAACUCAUCAGGUCGCAGACAACAACAACAACAACAACAACGACACUCGCACUGCAUUCCCUGGAGCCCCAGUCCAUGUACACGCAUACAAGACUCGCAUGUCCAGCAGCACCGCAUACGCUACAAGCAACAUCCCCGUCCGCGGCAUUGGCACUGGUUCCAGCAUGGGAUUCUACAACCCAGCCAACGCAUCCAUCACAUGGACCGAUAGCGCCGCGACUUUGACUGCUUACCCGCUCACGACAUCGUACAUGCAUUGCAUGUAAUGUAAGCUUUGUUGCAUUCCACGACUCUGCACCGAGUUUCUUUUCUCUUCCUCUUCUAUUGACUCUUAUUUAGAAUGGGCGGCGGCGGGCGG